AUGAGCAGUACAGCCAAAGAACGCAACCUGGGGUCUCACUACCUCGUUCAAGAGAAGCCGAAGGGCAUCAAGGGGAGGCUAGUGGAUUUACGAAACCUUGGGGAUGGCUCUUACCGAGAUUGUCACUAUUGCUAUUCUGUGGAAGAGUGCGGGGAGCCUCUCACGACUGUGAUGAAUGUCAACCCUUUACUACAGCGGAUGCGAAGUUCCCUCGGCACAGGGAAUCACCCGUUUCGCGGAACGUCCGAGCUGGGGCCUACAUCUUGCAGAAUCCCUCAGGGAAAGGUCGACAUGAGCCUCGUCAUCUACAAUCGAUGCUCGUCUUUUGAGAAAUGCCAACGCCAACGCGACUCAUCUCGUCGCGAAGCGCAUUCUCCAUUUCGAUGCCUCGGAGGAACGGGAACGGGGCGACCUCACAAUACGUUCAACCGGUUUGCUUUGAAAGUCUUGGCUCCCAUCUGGAUUUUCACCCAACACGACCCAACACGCACGCUCUUUUUUACUGGCACUGCAACGACAUUUGCGGGCGUGAACCAUGUCGACGCGCAUUUUCAUGACAACUUGGGAUUAUUGUCCUCCAGGGGUGGCACCGCACAAAUUUCUAACAUGCCCUUACAAAGUCAUAUUUCAUCUUUCACAAAGUCAAUGCACGCCCUCGACACUAUUUCUUUCAAAUGUGACCCGCUCCUCUCCCCGCAACGUAGCCUGGCCAACAGUGAUACCGUCACAUCCUCUGACAGUCACACCGAGCGCCUUAUCAGACAAACGAGGCUAAAAUUUCUAUUUCAGUCAGUCUUCACCCAUGCCUGCCGUGUAAAGCGUGUUCCGAGCGCUAAACACCUCCCUUUCAUUAAAACCACCAUGUCUACCGCGAAGGGUAGCUCAACGGGAAGCCCCAGCAUUGAGAUUACAGGUAACCUCCCAGGUUUUUGCCCCGCAAGUCAAACAUCUGACACCCAUUGGCUAGAAAUCUGCGUUGAAUCCCAGCACAUCCUCAAAUCGAUCCAACUUUCGAUUGGAUCGUUCGAGCGGGAAUCACCUUGUCUCCUGAAUGCAACGACCCACAACUUUGAGUUGUCAUCCCCCUGUCAACUUUCGCCUUCAGAGCCCCUCUAUCUGCAAGUCCGAUUCCGCGGAUUGUUUCGUGCUGCGUCGAAGAGCAAGAUACCUCUCGAUGAACUGCUAAAAUGGUCAAAAUCAUUUGACAAGUUCGAUGUCGUCCUGAAGUUUAGCCGAUACGCAGGGGUGCUAUCGAUCUUAGAAUGCUUUAACCAAGGCAGAACCUCCGACGAGGGCAACCUACAACCCACAACGGAUGAGUUAUUCAAGUUGGUCGAACGGUUCCGAGUCCUGGUCAUCGGCAAAGUAGCUCUCUUAUACCUCUAUUCUCAGGUAUUAGCUCACAGUUUGUUUUUACAGAGUGGUGUAGGGAAAUCUUCCCUUAUCAACGAAUGCUUCGGCGUCAAGGAUGCUGUGAGGUCACUUCCCCGUCUUCUCAAGAUCCGCUGCUAA